GUCAAGUAAAGCGGGCUCGUCAUGUGUCAGGAAACGGUGAGAGAUGAGAAUUCCUGCGCCUUCAUUAUCCCGAUUUCAUCUGCGUGUCCUUCUGUCCUCUUCAGGUAGCGCCUUCCAAGGGCCCUGCCAGCCCUUACACACAGCAGACUGAGGUGUACAUGCAGGCAGAUAUGCACGCAGAGCGAGCAGGCACCAAGAGCGGCCGUCUUUGUGUUUUUCUCUGCAGGCCCCUGUGGGUGAGAAGAGGGUCGAAAUGCGUGUGGGCGAUAGGGUAUACGACGUGACACAGGUGCGUCCGGACUCACCCGUGCAUAUAUACUUGGUGCAAUGGACGGACACCUGUGUGUAUGUGCCGUCCGUGUCAGUUUGUGAAGCGUCAUCCAGGCGGGUCGGUCAUCGCCUACUACGCCCAACAGGUCUGUCUGUCUGUCCACUCUUCUCUUCUCUUCUCUCUGUGUACACACGCGUGUGUGUGCGUGUGCAUUCUUAUCUCUGGCACAGGAUGCCACCGAUGCGUUCGACGCCUUCCACCAGCGAAGCGAUAAGGCCAAAAAGGUAUGGUAUGCUGCCGAGUGUCCAGUCAGUGCGUCACCAGAGGGCUUCACAUGUGUGCUGCGUCUGUGGGUGCGCAGGUGCUGAACAGCCUGCCCUCCAGACCAGUGGCUGGUACAGAUAAAAGGACACGCUUAUGGAUGGAUGGAUGAUUUGGGUGAGUGUGUGUGCAGAUCAUGACGCGAAGAGUUUCUCUGCCGGCGAUCGAGCGUUCAUCGAGGACUUCCGGUCCUUCAGACAAGAGCUCAUCGAUGAGGGGUACAAACAUGUGGAUCGACAGAAACAAACACUUAUGUGCGCACACUGCUGGUAUGCCCAACUCUCGACACAGGUAUUUCGACCCAUCGUAUGCCCACGUCGCGUAUCGGCUGGUUGAGCUUGUCGCCAUGUUUGUGCUGCACUUCUGGCUGGUACGGAUACUCAUAUGCACACACACGGCGUCGCACUCUCUGCCGCGUACACACAAACCUGCCACUGUCGGUCGUCGUUGCUUGUGUCAGCUGUCUAUAGGGAGGUGGGGGCUGGCGGCCAUUGUUGGAGGUGGGUGAACAAACACAACCACAAGACACCCACCUACCUGCUCAUCCACACCUUCAUGCGUGUAUGUCUGUGCAUGUGUGUCAGGGAUAGCCACUGGUCGUGCUGGCUGGGUGCAGCACGAAGGCGGACACAACAGCCUCACCGGUGCCCAUGUGCACUCACAUCGACACAAGUGCACCUAUGAUAGAUGCUAAUAUAUGCGUGUGUGCAGGUAUCCCCUGGAUCGACAAGGCCAUUCAGCGGGUGGCAAUCGCAUUUGGGGUGCUCACAUACGGAUGGAAGGUGCGAUGCCCAACACACACAGCUGAGCUGCAUCCAUGUGCGAGUUCACAUCUGUCCAUGUGCCCCUCAGUGGAACGACACACACAACCGCCAUCACGCGACGCCGCAGAAGGUAUCCACACUGCCCACAACACACACACAGAGACGGCAUGGCAUGAUGUGUCUUGAUGUUCAUACGUAUCCAUCAUCAAUCACAUCAGGUGGAUCACGACUUUGACAUCGACACGCUGCCGUUUGUGGCCUUCUACAAGGAGGUCCGUGUGCUGUGCAUCCAUAGGGUGGAUACACACAUGCACCAGUGUUCUCACUCACUGUCAGGCGCUGCAAAUCGGCCGCAACCGCAAGAGCGCGUCCAAGCAGUGGCUCAAGUACCAGCACUGGAGCUUCCUGCCCAUCAGGUACGCACACACUGAUAAACGUGUCAUUCAUUCGCACCAGUGUUGUGUGGCCUCUCAGCGCUGGACUGACCGGCUUCGCGUGGGCGUUUUAUCUGCACCCCAAGUCGUACCUGCUCAAGUAAACACCAUUCGUCGACCUCUACGCACACCAGCCCAGACACACACAUACAUGUGUUUGCACCUUGUGUGUGUGUGUGUGUCUGUGUGUAUGUGUGUGUGUAUGUGUAUGUGUGUGUGUGUGUGUGUGUGUGUGCACCGCCAGGAAGUCUCGGCGUGACUUGGUGACGUUUGUGCUGGUGGUGCUGCGGCUGGUGGCUCACUACUUGUGCUGCCCUGCCGGUGAGCUCAUGCACGCAUGCUCACGGCCGAGAAUAUGCAUGUGUGUUGGGUGUGUAAUAUAAUGAAGGUUGGUCUCUCCUGCCGCGAGUCAUGUCGUUCGUGCUGACGGGCUUCAUCGGUCAGCACCCCAGAAGCGUCAAUUGACAACACUCGCGUCCACACUCGUGGUGUGUGUGUGUAUGUGCGUGAUGUAGGUGGCAUGUACCUGUUCGGCAACUUUAGCGUGUCCCACACACACUUGCCGGUGACAUUCCGCGACGAGAACCGCAACUGGGUCGAGUACGGCAUCAACUACACCAUGAAUGUCGACCCCAAUCCUGUCGGUGCGUACACCUGCUCACACACACACAUACAGAAAGGCGUGUGUGGAGGGGCGUGAGUCUCUCUUGGUUGUGUGUCGCUGUGUGUGCGACAGUGUCAUGGUGGAUGGGUUACCUCAACUGCCAGAUAGAGCACCACCUCUUCCCGUCGAUGCCCCAAUUCAGACAGACCAAACUCACACACAGGUGAGCGGGGUGGGGUACACACACACACACACACACAUGCACAUGCACAUGCACGCAUACUCACCUGCACGUGCACGUGACUGCGGCGAAUGAAUCGAAUCGGUGACAGGACGCGUGCAUUCUGCGAGAAGCAUGGGCUGAACUACCAGAGCAUGAACUACUUCCAGGUACUGCUAUGAGGACGAGUGAACAGAACAUAUCCACAGCGUGUGGCCAUCAUGGGCGUGCACUGCUUUCCUUCAGGCCGUGAAAGCCACCCUGAUGAACCUCAAGCACGUGGCCGACCACAUCUCUGCCGCAGACGCAGACAAAGAAGACUGAGAUACGUGCGGGUGGAUGGGUGUAUACUCGGCGUCCACACUCAAGG